AUGUCGUUCGAUGAUUUCCACAAGGCCACUGCUAGAGCUCUGAGUGAGAAAGUUGAUGAAAUUUGUGAAGAGUUUACUAUUGAUGCCACUAAAUUGAAGGAACUGACAGAGUAUUUCAUAGAGUCUAUGGAAAAAGGCUUGCAGCCAUUGGAAGCGGGCCAGAGCGAAGAAACAUCAAAGGGUCUGCCUAUGAUCCCAUCAUUUGUCACCGGGAAGCCAAACGGGACUGAAAAAGGUGUGCUACUUGCAGCUGACCUCGGGGGCACCAAUUUCAGGGUAUGUUCCGUGGACCUGAGCGGUGAUUGCUCUUUUACGCUCCAGCAGAUGAAGUCCAAGAUUCCUGAAGAAUUGCUCGAAGACGAGACAGUGUCCAGUCGAGACUUAUUCAGUUAUCUUGCACGCCGCACUGUCGCCUUCAUGAAGAAAUAUCAUCCCGAGCUGCUGGAGGAACAUGCCAAGGACACUGCGAAACCAUUGAAAAUGGGAUUUACCUUCUCGUAUCCUGUCGACCAAAAGUCGCUAGGUUCUGGUACCUUGAUUAGAUGGACAAAAGGUUUCAAAAUUAAAGACACCAUCGGAAAAGAUGUGGUUCAGCUGUACCAGGAGCAAUUGAAUGCAGUAAACUUGAAUAUGAUCAAUGUAGUGGCUCUAACCAAUGACACAGUCGGAACAUUUUUAUCCCAUUGCUACUCUUCAGGUAGCGCUGACUCUCUCUCUUCUGGUGAGAUCUCAGAGCCGGUUAUCGGUUGCAUCUUUGGAACUGGGACCAACGGCUGCUACAUGGAAGAGAUACAGAACAUUACCAAGCUGCCCGAAGAAGUGAAGACUGCAUUACUGCGGGAAGGCAAAACCCACAUGGUGAUAAAUACAGAAUGGGGCUCUUUUGAUAAUGAAUUAAAGCAUCUACCUACGACCAAAUAUGACGUAGAGAUUGACCAGAAACUCUCUGCCAAUCCUGGAUUCCAUCUAUUCGAAAAGCGCGUUUCUGGUAUGUUCCUCGGUGAAUUGCUAAGAAAUAUUCUGGUGGACUUGCAUUCCAUGGGCCUGAUUUUGAAUCAAUACCGAACCUACGCCAAUCUCCCACACCGUCUGAGAACUCCAUUUGAAUUAUCAAGCGAGGUGCUCUCCCACAUCGAAAUUGAUGACUCCACUGGACUGCGUGAAACGGAGCUUUCACUUUUGCAAAGUUUGCGGCUCCCAACCACACCCAGCGAGCGAGUCGAGAUUCAAAAGCUGGUUCGUGCCAUUUCCCGCAGAUCAGCUUAUCUGGCAGCCGUUCCCAUCGCCGCCAUCUUAAUAAAGACCGGAGCCCUCAACAAAAGAUAUCACGGUGAGGUUGAGAUCGGCUGUGACGGAUCCGUGGUAGAAUACUACCCAGGUUUCAGAUCCAUGUUGAGACAUGCAUUGUCCCUGAGUCCCAUCGGAUCUGAGGGAGAACGGAAGGUGCAUUUGCGCAUCGCCAAGGAUGGCUCCGGUGUCGGUGCAGCUCUGUGUGCUCUUGUGGCUUGA